ACAGUGCACAGUGCGAAGUGAGCAAUUGCAGUUGUGUAUCAAAAAGUAGAAGUCAAAUAUGGUGAAAACAUUUCAGUUGGUUGUAGUUGUUAUCUUAACACUGACAAAAGUUGUCGAUCAACUCAGAACAUCCAAUGAAAAUAUAGAUGCCGACUCGAAAAUGGCUCGAACGAUGAGCCAAAUGAAGAAAUAUGAAUAUUGUAUUAAAAUAAUAGUGGUUUGUUAUGCUGUCUUUGAUUCUCCGCCUGAUUAUGAAGACGAAAUUAACCCGUCUCCGACGAGAGUCAAUAACGCAAUGAAUGAAGCAUUUAAGAAAACCAGAUGCAUUCCAAAGAAUCUCACCUAUGCAGAGAAUAUAACGUUUUGGGAAAGUGUGCGUCGUUGGCAAAGCGAAGUUGAUGAACAGCUCCUAACUACGAACAUUUUUACAAUUAAAGAGGAAUUUGAUAACGGCAAGGCAAUUAAACUAAACCUAUGGAAUAUUUUCAAAAUUCGCAAAGUGGUCAUCUGCAAUAGAACAAAAAUCCUUGAUGAGCAAACCACCACACGUGCUCCAUCCACAACCCUGCCAACAAUCGAGACAAGCACGGCCGUAACGACUACGGAAAUACCAGGUGAGCAGGAAAAGAGCUGUGAUGAGCGCCAGGAAAUCGGCAUUUGGAUAAACGAACAGAUGCAAAUGGAAGACCGGCUGAGUAAUUUGAUCAAGUUGCCACCAAAUAUUUUAUCAAAACUGGAUUUGCACAUCAACCGAAACUGUUGUCCCUAUGCCAUACUUCGCGACCGAGUUGAAGUUAUCAAUGAUAACGUUGACGCCAUAAUGCAGCUGAAGGCCUUGGAGGUAUAUGCACGGGCUAAAUCAACUGGUUUCGCCCUGUUAGACGUUCGCAAUUUGAUGAUAAGACUGGAAUACCUGAAUCAAAAAACCAUCAAAGGCAACAACUCUGGCGGCAACUGCUGCGUCAAUUGGGAACCAGAAGUUAAAGGCGCCCAGUCUAGAUUUCAAUCAAAAAAAGAUUCUAUCCAAAGCUACACACCAAACGGUUCCAUUUACAAUUCAUUGGCUGAGUUUCAAAAUAGCUUGGCCCAGACAAUUAACCGCCAAGAAGACCGACUGCUCAUAACGGAAGCAAUGUCUGCAAAAUAUCCGGCUAGCAGGAUUUCAAAGUCGCAAUGCUGCAUUAGUAACAAUAAUAAUAAUACAAAUAAUUAUAGCAACAGUUUGCCGCUAAUGGAUGAUAUACAAUUAUAUGAUUUCAAGCAACAUUCAAGUAAGCAACUACAACAAAGUGCUGAAAACUUAACUGAUACCAUUCAAAGUACACAAAUGCUUAUCAACGAGGAGCAAACAAAGGCUGAUAGCUUGAUUUCAUUGUGUACUGAAAUGUGGAUGGAAAAGCAGAAGGCCGAUAAUCAAAGUAAAACAAUUGACUCUAAGUUGAGCCAAUUGGAUCAGGAUGUCCAGCAAAAUGCGAACAACUUGAAUGCCAAGGCUCCAGAAGUCCAGCAUACUAAUGAAAUUGCCGACAACGGGAAUAAAACUCUGGAUAUCAUAAUGAACAAGCUAAAUAAUGCGUUUGGCAAACAGAUAAGGGAAAAUGAACGUCGUGCUCGCGAAAUUGAAAAUUUCAUGAACUCGAUGAAAGAAUUUGAUUUAAGCAAAGAACAUUUGUUUAGUGAUUGUUUAGUUAUAGUAGGUAAAUUGAAGGUCGUGCAAAAACUUAACUUAGACCUCGAUUCAAAUAAAUAUGCCUUCAAAUUCGAUACCCUAAGGGCAGACGCAACUCUAAAAGAACUUUAUGACAAACUUAACGAUUUCGCUAAAAAACUUUCAAUGCAUAUUGCAAAUAUUGACUCAGAGUCUAAGAAACCAAAAGAAAAUGAACAAUAUAAGCUACUUAAUUUAAUAGGCAAGCAAAUUCAGGACUUAGCGCCCAUUGCAAGAAAGCACAGUAAAACAGAAGACAACCAAUCCCAGAAUAUAAUCGAAGCUAAAGGUAAACUGCAUGCAAAGUUGACCGGUCAGCCGGAGCAGGUCGAACUAGCCGAUUCUUUAGAUGCGAAAAUCAAAAAAUUUGUUGAGAGAGGUAUUAGCGAGCUCGAACUCAAGUUAAAUGCAUCCAAUUCCAGUCCAAUUGGGAACUCAGCUCAAAGUCCCGACAUAUUUAAGAAACUAGACGACCUGGAAGCAGACUUCAACAACUUGCGGGACCAACGAAACGGCAAGGAACAAGAGAUGUUGAACAAAAUUGCCGAUUUGAAAAGUCGUCUGAAAGAGGUCAAUGAUAAAAUAUUCAAUGCUGAAGCGGCGAAUAAAAAAUGCUUAACGGAAUGUGAUUUUGGGGAAUUACCCUCCAUAGAAGAAUUACAGGAUAGAUUGCACACAUUGAAAAUAUACUUAAGAAAACGUAAACAAGCUACUAAAAGAGGUCCUUAAUAACUAUAAGUGCAUAUCCGAUCUAAAAAAGCAAAUAAAUAUAUAUUAAGCUAUUACAUGGCUUAGGCGUCUUUCCUGAACAACCCAUUUAUGUACUUUUCUGGGUACAUUUAAAAUUUUUGCAAUAUUGGCAUAUC